AUGUCGUCCUCGACUGGCUUCGAGCAACCAUCUCUUGACACUUUCUUCAAGCGCAAGAAUCCGCCACAAUCUCCGGGGGCAGCGGCAGAUGAGGAUGGGAUCAUCGAUCUGACCGAUUCACCACCCCUCAAAAAGGUUAGGCUGCCUUCUGGCACCGCUCAGGCCAAAAAAUCCAUGUCGAAUCCAUCAUCGAGCUACUUCAAGAAACCUUUGGUGCCGCCCAAAACAACCUCAGCACAAUCACACUCCCCACUGCCACCUAUAUCCAAACCGAGCCAGGCUAUGUCAAAUUAUGGUCUUCCUCGAUCAUCAAACCCGCCACCUUCCCAGUCUGGCUCCGCGUUCGACACAUUCUCUGUCUUCUCCCAAGCAUCAGUCGUCCCCGACUCUCAGCCUGAUCCCCCUGCAUCUCAAGUCAUCAUACGGACAGAGGAACAGGAGAGGAGACGUGAGAUGUGGCAAACAAGAAUAGCAUCUAUGGGAGGAGCUCUCAAGAGACGGAGAUCUCUGGCCUUGGACGAAGCUGCUGCUGCAGAAGCGCGCAAGGCCGGGAUGGACACGCCUGGCUCCGAUGACGAGGGAACGCCUAUUGAAGUCCAAGAUAAUAUGUAUCCAGAAGAGGAAGACAAGUCAAAGAAGGCCAACGCAAGACUGUCGAAGUACUCUGCAAAAGAGCCAGUAGCUGCAAAGGGCAAGGGCAAAGGCAAGGGAAAGGCGGCAGCGGUGGGACCAAGUGGACAGACAUAUACGCCUCUCGAAAAACAGUAUAUGGAGAUCAAACAAAAGUACCCCGAUGUACUAUUGAUGAUGGAAGUUGGAUACAAGUACAAGUUCCAUGGUGAUGAUGCCAAAACGGCUGCUCAAGAGCUCGGCAUUGUAGCGAAUUUCUACAGCGCUUCGAUACCCGUACACAGAUUACAUAUCCACGUCAAAAAAUUAAUAUCACUUGGCUACAAGGUUGGCGUUAUCAACCAGACUGAGACAGCCGCGCUCAAGAAGGCUGGCGAUAAUAGAAAUACGCCAUUCACGCGAGAGUUGACUUACCUAUAUACAGCGUCAACAUACGUUGAAGAAUCGUCUCUCAUGUCCGCCACCGACGCUGACGAUUUGAUUCACCCUGGUGCUGCGCCACCUCCUACAAACGCUUUGCUAGUUGUCGUGGAAGAUCCAGCCGGCGCGAGCGGCGAUAACAGCGAUACCGCGAUCGCACUGAUUAGCGUCACGCCAGGGACUGGUGAGGUGACUUGGGAUGAGUUCACGGAUUCGCGAGUACGUACGGAACUGGAGACUCGUCUGGCACAUUUUCGGCCAACCGAGAUGAUCCUUCCGAGAGACCUCAGCAAGCCUACACGAAAAGUUCUGGAGUAUUACUCAGGAGGCUCAAAAAUGAAGAGGACAAGUUCAGUUAGGGUUGAACACCUGGAAGAAACACCGGGUUAUGACGAGUCUUUUGAUUUCCUGACCAGCUUUUACCAUCAAAACUCUAAUGCAUCAAGCGCUCAACAGACCAACGCAACAGCCAACAUAUCAUCUGGCGACAGUCCCCAAGAAGUCACAGAAGGAGAAAUCGAAGAUGCUGUCCCACUGGCAGCCGGUAUCAAUCAUGGGUCUGCAAUACUCAAGAUCGUCGACUUUCCGCGGCGGAUUGUGAUAGCCCUCGCCAUCGUCAUACGGCACAUGAAAGGUUUCGGGCUUGAGAACGCAUUGCUGUAUACGUCUUCUUUUGUCAAAUUCAUGAACAGAUCGCAUAUGCUUCUAUCCAGCAACACUCUUUCCAAUCUUGAGAUUUACCGAAAUCAAACAGAUGGUGGAUUGUACGGCAGUUUGUUGUGGUUACUAGACCAUUGCAGGACUCGUAUGGGCAAGCGGCUUCUUCGUGAAUGGAUCGGCCGUCCUCUAUUGGAUGUGGCUGCGCUACGAGCGAGGGCCGAUGCCAUCGAGGAAAUCAUCGAUGACAACACCUACCUGUUGGAAAAGCUCCGUAGCUUACUGGUGAACAUGCCCGAUCUGGUAAAGGGCUUGACACGCGUGCAGUAUGGGAAAGCUCUACCCACAGAGGUUGCUACCAUUCUGGUGUCUCUAGUCAGACUCGGGUCAGAAUUCAAGCCAAAUAUCGGCAAUGUCUUUCGAUCAUCACUUCUCAACAGUAUACCGAAUACGCUUCCUACCAUCGUUGAACGUGCCCGAGAGCUCUUAGGGGCACUAGACAUGAAAGAAGCUAAAGCCAACAACGAAGCGAAUCUGUGGAGCGACCCUGAUAGGUACCCCGAUAUCCAAGACGUCAAAGAUUGCAUGAGCGUCUGCGAGUCGGAGCUGGACGGACAUCUUCGUGAGAUACGGAAGGUGAUUAAAAGACCAGACCUGAAAUACGUUACCGUCUCCAAUAUCGAGUAUCUGGUUGAAGUGAACAAUAAAAGCCUAAAACUCGUCCCGCCAAAAUGGGUCAAAAUCAGCGCCACGAAGCUCGUUACUCGCUACCAUACUCCAGAAGUCCUCCAACUCACCAGAGAGCGCGAGCAGCUCAAAGAGCAGCUAUCGAAGGUGGCCCAUCAGUCCUUCCUCGACUUUCAAGCCGAAGUCGCCCAGUGCCAUGACUUUGUGGUUGUUUCCAAACAGGUAGCAGUCAUUGACUGUCUUAUGUCUCUUGCACGAGCCGCAGUGUCCUCGGGAUACUGUAAGCCAGUAUUUGUGGCCGACACGGAAUUGAGAAUAGAAGAAGGCAGGCACCCCAUGGCAGAAUCUCUCAAAGAAGACGCCUACGUUCCUUUUGAUAUUGGCUUUUCAAAAGAUGAUGGUGCUACGAAAUGUAUACUGGGGCCCAACAUGUCGGGCAAAAGCUCAACUGUCCGCGCUAUAGCUCUCAUCGUUUGCAUGGCUCAAAUGGGAUCAUUUGUACCGGCAAAAUCGGUCACUUUGGGUGUCCACGACGCUGUUCAUACUCGCAUGCCUUCGGAUGAGAUCGGGCGCGGCAAAUCCACCUUUAUGGUGGAACUUUCUGAGACAAGCGACAUCCUACGCACCGUGACUCCACGUUCGUUGGUGAUACUGGACGAGCUUGGCAGGGGGACGAGCACGUACGACGGAGUCGCUAUAGCUUACGCAACCUUGUCGCAUAUGGCUGGUGUAGGCUGCAAUACCCUCUUUGUCACUCAUUAUCCUACAGUGGCCGAACAACUGGCCAGAUCAAACCCCGCCCAGGUCUCUAAUUGGUAUAUGAGCUUUGACGAGACCACGCUGCCCGAUGGAAGCAAGGAAAUCACAUUCCUGUACAAUCUGACAUCCGGCCUAGCCAACGCAUCCUUUGGUGUAUGGUGUGCUCGAUUGGCUGGCUUACCCAAAGCAGUAUUGGAGAAGGCCCAAUCGUGUUCUGAUAAGCUGAAAAUCGAUUCAGAGAGGAAGAGGAGAAAUAUCGUGACAAAGAGGACCCAGCAAUUACUCUUGGAUAGCUACAGCGGAGAAGGGGAGCACGUUCACAUCUUGCGAAAUGCGGAGAUAGUGUGGGGAUCGCUCAACUUGACGACGUAG